CCUCAGAAAGCACCGCAGACAGGCAGUGCAACAGUUGAGCCAGAGGAUGGCGCACCACGACAAUUCAAAACACCCGAGCCCUGGCUCUGAGUUUGCCCUGGCCACGAGCGCAUGGAGGCGCGCGCCCUUCACAUCCCACCCAGUAUUUCCUCUGUGCACGAGUUUACCUCUGGAGGUCACCAAGCAGGAUUUACGACUGGUCAACAAAAGCACGUGAUUCUCCGCCGUACCCCAUAUUUGGGUGCCUACGUAAGACAGAAUCAAGUCCAUGUCCCACUCAUUUCCAUAAUUCAUCAUAAAUUGUGCAAGGGUGCUAUAGGACGCGCUAAACCAUAAGAGCCACAAAUCAAGCACACAGGUUUAUGCUAUUUUACCUCCAAAAACAAUAAAACAACAACAACAAUACCUGCAACGAGCAAACGGUGGAAUUGUCAACAAAUGAGCUCCUAUUUUGUGAACUCAUUCUGCGGUCGCUAUCCCAAUGGCGCGGACUUCCAGUUACAUAAUUAUGGAGACCAUAGUACGGCAAACGAGCAAUACAGGGACUCAACGGCCAUGCAUUCCAGCAGGUACGGCUAUGGCUACAACGGGAUGGACCUAACAGUCGGGCGGGCCGGUACCGGACACUUUGUGGGCAGCGAGCGGACGCAGGGCUACUCCCCGAGUCACUCAGCGGCGACAACACCCUCGGUAGAGCCGGUCAGGUACACCCAGUCCUCCAGCAGCACCGGGACAUCGUCUCUAUCGCCACCACCUGACCCAUUACCGUGCUCCUCGGUCGCCACCUCGUCCCCGGUCACCGAGGCUCAAUCUCAACACCGAGCCGUGAAAAACUCUUUAACGACCCCGUGCUCAACCCCGUGCUCGAGCUCGAACGGAGGCACGCUGCUGCUCAGCCGGGACUGUGUGUCCAAAGCUUCCCCCCUCGAGGAAGAGAAGCCUGCGGGAAGCGCACCGACAACUCCUCAAAAUGUCACCGACUCAUCACAGCCUCAGAUAUAUCCGUGGAUGAGAAAACUACAUAUAAAUCAUGAUUUGGCAGGACCAGAGGGCAAGAGAGCCAGGACUGCAUACACCCGCUACCAGACCCUGGAGCUGGAAAAGGAGUUCCACUUCAACCGGUAUCUGACCCGCAGGCGGAGGAUCGAGAUAGCCCAUGCCCUCUGCCUCUCAGAGAGACAGAUCAAAAUCUGGUUUCAGAACCGCAGGAUGAAGUGGAAGAAAGACAACAAGCUGAAGAGCAUGAACAUGGCGGCUGCAGGCGGGGGAGGCUACAGGCCUUGAUAUUCACUCAUCUUUCCCUGAUAGCGAGCACUAUGAAAAUAAAACAAAGAUUGGCACAUCAAGUUCUCCUCCUCCUAUUUCCAAAAGCGUAGAGACUUUGUUAAGGGGCUGAGUGCGGGACAGGGGACACCCCACCUAAGCCCUCUAUAUGUCCAACAACCGUCCCAUUAUAUUCCUUAAUAUUAUUUCCUUUUUAUUUCCACCGUGGUAAUGCUUAUGUGAGUAAAAAAAAAAGCAUUAUGUACAGUUCUGUCUAGAUUUAGAGGAAAAAGAAACACAUGAAAAUCAAUGUUUGUUUAAAUUAUUUCUUGUUCAGACGAAAAAAAAAUAAAACCGUCAAAGCUUGAAAUGCUACCUUCCGCAAAUAAAUCCAGUAAAAGUUGUCAGAACAAUAACAGCCUAAUAAAUAGAGGGUUGAGGCCGAGCUGCCUUUGUGUUUAGCCUUCGUUUUCUAUGUAUGUACUGUAUAUGUAUGUAUUUAUUGGUUUGAUGUAUUGUACCAACUUGUCAGAUAACUUGCUUCCAACAGUAGAGCCAGCAGAGUACGUAAGCCUUUGUGUGAUUAUUGUGUGCGUUGUGAACACAUGUAUGGACAGAGGUGCCGACUCUGUCUUGUAUGUACAGUAGCUGUACCUUGUAUCUUUUUUUUUUUUGGUUUUGUUUUGUUGCAGGAGCUGCUGUUAGCGUUGUUCACCUGGGCGCAACAUCUUAGUAAAAACGUGUUUUUUUGUCUUUGUUUUCUCUAGCUGUUUUUAUGUGGAGGGUCCCACAGUAAAUUCCAUUGCCUAUGUGUAUAACUCCAUCGUGAUUAGCUUUUUGUAAAUGUUUUGCAAAGACUGGAAGUCAAGAAUAUACUAUAAUAACGAUGAUGAUGAUGGUCAUUAUAAUAAACUUUCUACUGGAACAGCAACAUUA